AUGGUAGACAGAGACUCGGAAGAUGAAGAAGUUAACGAAAAAGACGAAGGAUUAUCAGAAAAUGUAAAAUUAAAACAAGGCAGAGGCGUCUCAACCAUAACCUUCCAGUGGCAGCGGGAACUUCAAAGGAGAAAACUCAAAAAAGCUAGGGGCACUAUUCAAAGCGCCACAACCACGGAACAAGCUUCCAACCAAAGGUCCCCUACGAGAAACAAGGUCCACUACGAAAAGCAAACCACGGGCCAAGAAUCCACGACAUUGGAUACACUAGCCCAGAUACCACGACACGCGGGAGACAACGCCAGAACAUUUACAAAAGCAAUUGUUUGA